GGAGGUUUUGGUGUUUGCCUCUCAGUUUUCUGCAACUAACAGACGCGUGUGCUCGCGUCGUCGUCAUUGCUCCACUUCGAAAGUGUUCCGCGUAAAUGUAGUCUCGGAAAGUAUUUUCAUUUUGCCAUUCGACUGCGAAUCUUUUGACGCGUCUGCACAACUACGUUUAGAUGUUACUAUCAAAUAUUCUGUGAUGUAACAAUUAAAUUCCAUAAUUAAUUAAAUAAAUCCAAAACAGCGCGUGUAUUUUGAAGUGGGUGCGAUAUUUUUGUAUCUGGGCAUAAUGCCAGGCUGUAUUUGAUAUUGCGAACGAUAUCAGGCCCAGUGCAAUGUUUUAAUUUGUAAAUAAAUGAAACGAUUUGCUGUGUUGUUCUUUUUUCUUAUUAAGGACAGAAAUAAGGUGAUGGAAUGUACGUGACGUUUACAGUUUUCCACUUGUUUGCUCAAAUUCUUUAAGUCAAUAUGAAUAUGUUUAAAUAAGUGCGUAAUAUAACUGAGUUGGCAUCAGUUAUUUUCAAGUGAUUUUUUUUAUUAAAUAAUGAUGCUUUGUGUAUGAGAAUGGAUGUGACAAAAUCAGACUGUGCAUCUGGACUUCAAAGCCAUACCAACACUACACGAAGUCCAGUAAGAAGAGCGUUGGGUCCUCCUAAGAAAUCCAUAGCUUCUAAACUAUGGGACUUACUACAACCUCUUGCUAGGCUCUGGGGUCUUGUUACAGCUGUAGUAAUGAGUGGCGCAGGUGCCCAACUCCUCGUCUUGGGAUAUGAAGUGGCCCCUGGUAUGCUUGCCGGUGCGGCCGCGGUACUCAUCCUUGAGACGAUGUGGGUAGCGGCUCUCUUCGUGGACCUUCUUUGUCGGAGGGGCGAGUACACAGUAUCACUAAGGUGUUGGGACUUCAUGCGGUGGUCGUGUGGACGGGCACGUGCACCUUUCUACGCUUGUGCGGCAACGGCGAUCUUAUUCGCAAAUCUUACACUGCUUGCGACUGUAGCAGGUGGAAUGCUGCUAGUUUUGGCAGCUCUACGUGCAGCGGUACCGUUUUCGCCCUAUGCAACCCACGGACCACAUUCGCCCAGGGCUGGUAGUUCUCUAUUGAGUCAACACGACUCGCCGUUACCAGACGUGUUUUAUAAUGCAGCAAACUCUGCGGAGGAAAGAUCUGAAGAAAUGACAGUUCUUAAUACGAAGGUAGAUCCAGAUAGACCGCGCUCUGUAACACCGAAGCCUCCUCUUCUCGAACUAUGAAAUGUAGUUAUAGUAUUUGCUAGCGAUAAAAACUAGAUUUCCGAUAUAUUUAAAGUCAUGUUGUACUUAAUAAAAUACGAAUAGGUUAGUGUAAUUUAUUUAUUAGUUAGGUACAAUAAUAAUAUAUAAUUUUAUACGUACAGAACAACUGUGAUAGUUUAGAUUGUAUUUGCAAAUAUCUAAUCUAAUAUCAGCUGAAGUGGUGUUAAAAUUUUUAAUAAACUAUACAUUAAACUAGAAUUUUCAA